UUGUUUCGAAGCAUUCACCAAGCAGCUACAGCUCUCCAGUUAGCUCCGAUGGAGAACGAAACCGAGGAUGAGAAGGUCGAUCUCCAAGGCGCCUCGGACCGGGCAGCCACCUUGCUGGGUGCCGUGAACACCCGCGGCCGUUAUCACAAGCCGGAGGAACGGAUUUUGGAGCAGGACUAUCAGUUGGAUCGUGCCCACGUGCUGGGCAGUGGCGCCAACGGUGCAGUUUGGCUCGUGAAGUGCAAGCGCACGGGACGUUCCUUCGCCGCCAAGACCUACAAUCUCCCUGGCAUCUCUGAGCUAAAGUGUAAGGAGAUUGAGACCGAGGUCGAAAUCCUUCUGACGGUGGACCAUCCGAAUCUCGCACGCAUGGUGGAUGCCUAUGAAUCGAAGGAUACUUUGACCCUCAUCAUGGAGCUCCUAGAAGGUGGUGAACUCUUUGAUCGUAUCAUCUCCCUAGGCCACUUUAGCGAGAGAAAUGCCGCGGAGUGCAUUUGGCAGAUGCUCCUGGCUAUUCGAUGCUGGUCUGGGCAUUGUGCAUCGCGACUUGAAAUUGGAGAAUUGGCUCUUUGAAAAGCAAGGAGGCGACGAUUUGAAACUCAUCGACUUUGGCUUAUCCAAGUUUUGGGAGCCCAGCAAGAAGAUGGAGAUGCGAGUGGGCACACUGGACUAUAUGGCACCGGAGGUCUUGCAUCGGAACUACACCUCCAAAUGCGACCUGUGGAGCCUCGGGGUGAUCACCUACACCCUGCUCGUGGGCAGCUUCCCCUUCGCUGGCCGUGAUGGCGACUCCGCCAUGCUCGCGCGGAUCGCCGCCGGCAGGUUCGCCAAAGAACGGGACGCCUGGCAGUCCUCCUCCGCUGUGGCGAAGGACUUUGUCGAGAAGCUGUUGACUGUGAACCACCUUCAGCGGCUCUCCGCCGAGCAGGCCCUGGCGCACGCCUGGAUUGCGUCGCGCGAAACCGUGGCCAAGAGCUAUGUGAGCAAGGAGAUUGUGGAUGCUCUUUGCUCCUUCUCCGAAUCUUCAGCCUUCCGACGUGCCUGUCUCUCAGUGAUGGCCAUGUCCCUCUCCAACGAGGACCGUCAGGAGGUGCAUAAGGCCUUCUUGGAGAUUGACCAGGAUCACAGUGGAACCAUCACCUUGUCUGAGCUCAAAAGUGUUCUUGAAGACAAGUUUCAUAUCAAAGAUGAUGCAGUAGCCAGGACCUUUCACAGCCUGCAGUCUCCCAUGUCCCGUCGUGAGGAGAUCCACUACAGCGACUUCCUCGCGGCCAUGAUGUCGACGCGCAUUGCCUUGCACGACGACUUGCUGCGGAGUGCCUUCCAACGCUUCGACGUGGACAAUGAGGGCUACGUCACGAAGAAGAAGCUGAGAAUGCUCCUGGGAGACUCCCUAAGCGAGGACGAGUUGGAUGAUGUGAUGAAUGAAGUGGAUGCAGACCACGAUGGCCGCAUUUCCAUGAACGAGUUCGUCGAAUACUUGCACCACCGUCGGAGCAACGAGAAACAUUUGGAGGCUGCCCACAAAGCCAUCGACCGUGAGCUGAAGCGGCCCUGCGGCAGGCGCGAUCCCUCCGCGCCGGUGAUCCCCGUGCGCGAGCGCCGCCGGAGCUCGGUGAUCGUGAAGAAGAACUCCUCCAGAUCAACUCUGGAGUCGGCGGCGAGCAAUGUCCUCACCAAGGUUGCAGAUGCGUGCCAGCCCUAUUGCUGUGAAGAGAUUGCAGCAUGGCUUUUGGAUGUGCGAUCCUACUUGGCACAUAGAUGAGGCGUUUCAAGAAUGGAGGAUGUAGACAUCACAAGAAGUAUGUGAAUGUCUAGUCUAAUCUUGGCCCUAGGUUCUUCCAC